AUGCUAUCCCACCUCCUCCUCGUCGGCAAAAUAUUCGUGAUUCUAAUAGGACAAACCUGGACCAAACUCCGCUUGCGACUGAGAUCCAUCGUGCACCGAUUCACAUACCAAGCAGGCUCGCAGCCCAAGAACAUAGUCAUCGUGGGUGCCUCGUUCGCGGGAUAUCACGCAGCGCGGUGUCUCGCAAACUCACUCCCAUCCGGCUAUCGAGUGGUGGUGAUUGAGAAGAACAGCCACUUCCAAUUAACAUGGGUCCUGCCACGCUUCUGCGUUGUUGAUGGCCACGACAAUAAGGCCUUUAUUCCAUACGGGUCCUAUGUGAAAGGACCUCCUGGAUCAUGUCAUUGGGUUCGAGAUAUAGUGACAUCUGUCAUUCCUGCCGAAAACAAAGGCAGUGAUAGAUGCAGAGAAGGAAGCCGAGGAGGAAACGUCAAGCUUGCUUCGGGCGACUCGAUCCCCUAUGAGUACUUGGUCCUGGCGACGGGGUCUGCAGCUGGACUUCCAUCGAGAGUAUGUGAGACAGACAAGGAAGCUGGAAUGAAGGCACUUUCGGAUCAACGACAAAAGAUCGCAAAAGCGCAAGAUAUCGUGGUUGUAGGAGGUGGUCCUGCCGGGAUUGAAUUGGCGGCGGAUGCAAAGGCGCAAUUUCCCGAAAAACGAGUCACUUUGAUUCAUUCUCGGGCAACCUUGCUUAAUGAUGGAUUUGGAACGAAGAUGCAUCUCGCGAUAUGUGAAGAGAUGGAUAGGUUGGGGGUGAACCUUGUGCUGGGGCAGAAGCCGAGCAUUCCAGAUGGGAUGACAGGUAGUAUCAAGCUCAGUGGGGGCGACGUUAUUCAUUAUGACUGUUUGAUCAAAUGUGUUGGACAAAAGCCAAACUCGAGCCUGUUGAGCUUCCUUUCUCCCGAGACGUUUACUCGAUCAGGAUACAUCCGAGUCCAACCUUCGCUGCAAGUUCUGGAUGAUGCAUUCCCCGAGAUUUAUGCAGCAGGGGAUGUCAUAGAGGCUGGGGCAAUCAAAAAUGCCCGGUCUGCUGUGCAGCAAGCCCAGACUGUGGCAGUAAACAUAUGUCGUCACAUUCACGGUCAGCGGCAGAUCGAGUAUAUGCAGCAAUGGUGGGAGGGCACGACGAAGCUGACCUUGGGAGUUGGCAAAAGCGUUGUUUAUAUCACCGAUUAUUGCGUUGAAGUGCUGUUCUCCUCCGGUCGACAGAAAAUAGAACUGGACAGUGCGAUGGUAUGGAAGUAUUUUGGUGCGAAGCCAUAUGUUGAUCAUUAA